AUGGAUGUUUCUUCCACUUCCGAUGAUGAAAUAACCCUCUUGCGCACUUGGGCCCUGACUGUCACUCAUGUGGCAUGUGAUUAUACGGAACAGAAAUUCAAUGCAGAGAAGACAGGAGGAGACCCAGUUAUACCUUCUCCAAACCUAGACACUGAUCUGGUGAUGGCUUGUGAUCAAUUGGUUGAUCGGCUCAUAAAGGCAUAUAAAAAUCCCAUUCAGAUGCCGAUUGAUAUUGCAAGAUAUAGCAAAUUGAUCUCCCCAAAGGACACGGGGCGUAAUGAAGAGAGAGAGGAAAAGUUGCUUGAGAGGUGUCCUCCUGGCCAUGAGGGCACAAAGUUGAUCGACAUACCCGCAACAAUUCUUGAUGCAUCCGGUGCCAUCAUCGCAUGGUACCUCCCAGACGCCUUGACCGAUGCCACCCAGAAUGAAAUUUGGGCGGCCUCGGAUUUGCUAGCUCCCAUGCUCGAACAAAGCAUAAAGCUCGAUGGGAUUUGGCGGACUAAUCAACAGUGGUUCACACCAAGCUCGGAAAAUGAUGUCCUAACUCCCGGAUGCGUUAAUUUAUUUUUGGCAUGGUUUCAGCAGGGGCACGAGAAUCAGUCCGAUCCGGAGGUAUCUGCAUCAUUGAAGGGACCAUCCUCCGAGAACAUCCUCAAAGCCAUUGCGAGGCCAGCAGCCAUUGCCACAGCGGCACUCAGGGUGAUGCAUCCUGAGCAGUACUGGGCAGGGUUGCAAGCCUUUGCGAGCCUCGGAGAAAAGGCACGAAGCAAGGAACUGCCGAAGAUGUCAGAGACUCUCCAGUACUGGGCAACGGUGUUUAACAGCCUCACCGUCAUAUGCAAUCGGGAAACCCCGAAUCAUCGAGACCCCUCAUCGAUUUCCGAAUGCUUCGAUAUUCUCACUAGCGUGGGGAAUUAUUCUAAUGCUCGGAUGAGUAUGCCAAGCCUGCAGCUGGAGUUAAGUGGAAGGGGAUUGGAUUGCCUGGGCAUGGUAUAUGAGGGAUGCUGUUCAUGUUUAUGCUGGGAUUCCGUCGUGUGGAUGGGCAAGGUUGGAUUGGAAGAAGUAGAAAGGCACUCCAUACUCAACAUUCGGGUUUCGGGUCUUGAUAGUCGGGACUCGAUAUUCGAUUUCACCGACUACCGAGUACCGGGUUUCGGGUUUCGGUACACGGUACCCGGUACUCGGUGA